AGAGAGCAAACACCGAAAAACCAAGUGAGGCAAAAACACUCUCCCCCUUUCCCCUCCUUCUUCUCCCUAUUUUCUCAGCGACCAAACAAUCCAUUUUCCUUCAAAGUUCAUCCCUUUUCUCCCCCUUCCGCAAUUCCCCGCUUCUCUGUAUCCCUUUCUGUCAGAUCGUCUGUCUCUCAAAUCGUCAAUAAAAGAUGGCGGCAGCUAUAGAUAUGUACAAUAGCAGCACCUGCAUAGCUUCUUCUUCAUCUGAUUUCUCAGAUCCUUGUAGUGGAGAGCUGAUGAGAGCACUUGAACCUUUUAUGAAAAGUGCUUCUCCAUCUCCAUCUCCUUCUCUUUCCCCUUCUUCUUCUCCUUCUUCUUUUUACCCUAAUUUUUAUUCCCCUGAAUCUCAAUCGAGCUCUGCCCAAUUGUUUUCACAUGGGUACUCGACCUACAACCCCCAGAUCUCCUAUCCUUCCUCUUCCCUAGGUCUAAACCAGAUUACCCAGUCCCAAAUGCUCCAGAUCCAAGCUCAGUUCCAGCUCCAGCAGGCGAAUCUCGCCGCCACUCUGCAAACCCAGAGGUUCAGCAGCUUUCUCGCCCCGAAGCCGGUCCCGAUGAAGCAAUCCGCCGCGGCCGCGGCGGUGGCUUCAUCGAAGCCGGUGAAGCUCUACAGGGGAGUGAGGCAGCGCCACUGGGGGAAAUGGGUUGCCGAAAUCAGGCUGCCCAAGAACCGAACCAGGCUCUGGUUGGGCACCUUCGACACCGCCGAAGAAGCUGCUCUGGCUUACGACAAGGCAGCUUACAAGCUGAGAGGCGACUUCGCCCGGCUCAAUUUCCCCAACCUCCGCCACCAGGGAGCUCACGUCUCCGGCGAAUUCGGCGAAUACAAGCCCCUCCAUUCCUCUGUUGAGGCCAAGCUCCAGGCGAUUUGCCAGGAUUUGAAACAGGGGAAAACAGGGGAGCCGGGUUCCAAGAGAGGUAAGAAGGCGAAACCCGCCGCGGUUUCGUUGAUGAAAGUCGAGGAAUCGUCGGAGUCGGUGAGCGAGGAGUCCUCUUCGAAGGUGGAAGAGUCCUUGACCGGAUCUUCCUCUUCCUCCUCUUCCCCUGAAUCGGAGAUGUCGUUUUUGGACUUCUCGGAGACGGAUUCCAGCUGGGGAAUGGCGGAGAAUUUCGGUUUGGAGAAGUUCCCUUCUGUGGAAAUCGAUUGGGCAGCGAUCUGAAGAGUUUUUAUCUGUUAUGUAAUCCUUAGUUUACCUUUUUUCUUAUGCUCUUUUCUUUUGGUUUAGGCUAGUUCAGCAGCUAUCUGCAAUGGAGUUUUUGACAGUUGCAGAGGAGCGCUGAUACUACAUAGGAAGAUGAAGAUAUGGUCCAAGUUGGGUUAAUUUUUUUUCACCCGCUUGUGGCCUUGAGAAGAUCUGAG